GCUGCCGCCGGGCCGGACGGGCUUGGCGCAACCGGUGCCGCUGUUGCAUCAGCUGCCGCCAGCCCGCACGUGGCCGGUCCUCCCGCGGGGCCGCGCCGGGAUUCUGCCGUACCCACGGCAUCGCCGGGCUCCGCGGUGGGACGGAGCCUGACUGGCACUCCUCGGACCGGAGAUGCCCCCGCGGGCUCUAAGGCUGUGGUCCCGAGCUAACAGCUUCCGACACCUACGCCGAGUCGCGGCGGGAUCCGAUGGAUACCGGGUUGCGGUAGGCACCGCGGGAUGCAGCGGGACGUUCCGGCUGCCGCCUGACUCAUGCGGAUAUCGAGUCGGGGCUUUUGACCAGCUGAGCUUCACUGAGGAGAAGACGAGAUGCUGGGGGAAAAAAUGACCAGUUUUGGGAAGAAGCUGAUCCGCCGGCGCAUAGUGGACCUGAGCUCUGAUGACACACAUUUUGCUCGUUGCCUCUCCACCCUGGACCUUGUAUCCCUGGGUGUGGGCAGCACGCUAGGGGCUGGUGUAUAUGUGCUGGCCGGGGAGGUAGCCAAGGAGACGGCUGGUCCCUCCAUUGUCCUCUGCUUCCUGGUGGCUGCUUUCUCAUCUGUACUGGCUGGACUCUGUUAUGCAGAGUUUGGGGCCCGUGUCCCCAAGGCCGGCUCUGCGUACCUCUACAUCUACGUUACUGUUGGUGAGAUCUGGGCUUUUAUAGCCGGGUGGAACCUCAUUCUCUCCUAUGUGAUAGGUACAGCCAGUGUGGCUCGAGCCUGGAGUGCAACAUUUGACAACAUCAUUGGCAACCACAUCUCCACCUUCUUUACCAGCAAGAUCCCAAUGCACCUGCCAGGAGUGCUGGCUGAGCAUCCAGACUUCUUUGCGUUGAUUCUGAUUUUGCUGCUUACUGUACUGCUGGCUUUUGGUGUCAGCGAAUCUGCCCUUGUGAACAAAAUCUUCACGGCAGUGAACCUGUUGGUGCUGAGCUUUGUCAUCAUUGCUGGCUUCAUCAAGGGAGACAUCAAGAACUGGCAGCUUUCAGAGGAGAACUGUGUCAACUGCUCGCUGCCAGACCCACUGGAUAACAUGAAAAAAGCUUUUGGCUCUGGUGGGUUUUUCCCCUUCGGAGUGGAAGGGAUGCUGACCGGCGCUGCCACCUGCUUCUAUGCCUUCGUGGGCUUUGACUGCAUUGCCACAACAGGGGAGGAAGCCAGGAACCCACAGCGCUCGAUUCCCAUUGGCAUCAUCGUGUCCCUCCUCAUCUGCUUUGUGGCUUAUUUUGGGGUUUCUGCAUCCCUGACUCUCAUGGUGCCCUACUUCCUACUGAACAAGAACAGCCCUCUGCCUGAGGCUUUCAAGGCGGUUGGUUGGGAGCCCGCCCGCUACGCCGUUGCUGUUGGCUCACUCUGUGCCCUCUCCACCAGCUUGCUGGGCUCCAUGUUUCCCAUGCCCCGAGUGAUCCAUGCCAUGGCAGAGGAUGGGCUGCUCUUCAAGUUCCUCUCCCGGAUCCACAGUGGCAGAAAGACCCCUCUGAUUGCCACCUUUGUCUCGGGGUUCUUCGCGGCGGUGUUUGCCCUCCUGCUUGACCUGAAGGACCUGGUGGACCUCAUGUCGAUUGGCACGCUGCUGGCCUACUCCCUGGUGGCCGUGUGCGUGCUCAUCCUCCGGUACCAGCCCAGGCAACCGAACUCCCCGAAGGCCAUGGAAAUGCUGGAGCUGAAUGGGAAUGAGGAGGAGAGAGUGAUCAUGAACCCAGCCAUCGCUGCUGCCAGUGUCCAGCACAAAGAGACGUUGUCCCUGGCGAUGCUCUUCAACCCGCCUGGGGACACCCCGACUGUGCUCUCAGGGCGCAUUGUCUAUGUCUGUGUUGUGGUCAUUGCCGUACUGAUCACAGUCAUCUGUGUGGUCCUGACCCUCAAUGUGGUUGCGCUGAGGGAUGCCAGUGUGGACUGUGUUGUGGCUCUGGUUCUGCUCCUCGUGGCUCUGCUCAUUUUCAUCAUCAUCAUUUGGAGGCAGCCUCAGAGCAAUGCACGAUUAAACUUCAAAGUACCUUUCCUCCCCCUCCUGCCAAUCUUCAGCGCCUUCGUUAACAUCCUGCUGAUGGUACAGCUGAGUGCGGGCACCUGGGCGCGGUUUGCCAUCUGCAUGGUUGUGGGUUUUGUUAUUUACUUCACCUAUGGGAUUUGGAACAGCGUGGAAGGGAAAAAUGCAGAAAAAGCCUGUGCCACAGUAGAAAAACCUCUGCACCAUCCUGGACUGGACCUCAGCCCCGGGGCUGCUGCAGUCUGAGAGCCUGGGGACCUGUCCUUCAUGGACCUCUUUGUCACUUUGGGACAAGAUCAUCCAUCCCCUCUCCUGCAGCAACUGAGUCCCAGAGUGAAAUACUAAGGUCUGAACAGCAGGCCCUGAGCUAAAGCUGACCUAGGAUGAACAUUCCAACCAAAUGUUGUAUGUUUCCACUCAUUAACCAAGUAUUGUUAUAUGUACUUACUUACUGGCAAAACGUGUUCACCUUUCUGUAUCUAGAAACUGGAUAAGGCCACAUCUGGACUAAUUAGGUAUAGGAUCAAAGACAACUCCCUUGGAUCCUCCUAGAGCCCUGGCCAGGCUUUGGGAGAAAGCUGACAGGAAAGUGAAACUAGAAAUUAUGUCAGUUGGUUUGUUUAGCAGUGUAAAAACCGGACCACUGUGACAUCAAAGUGGGGGUGCCUCGUGGCCUGCAAAGCAGGAGGCACUGCAGGAGGAGGUCCAGUUCCUGGCAUGGUUCUCCUGUCCUUGGCUGUGACAGCUUCUCCCCAGAGCUGAUGUCUCUUGGGUUUGGAUGAUGUAUCAACCCUGGGGUAACUGGUAAUGUAUCUUUCUUAAUCACUGUAGGCAUUCUUUCCUAGCAAUGAUUAGCAUUGCUUAGCUUGUCCCUUUAUAAUUCUUUGCUCGUGGUUAGGUACUUUGCUUAGCUUAUCCUUUUGUGAUUCUUUGCAGUUUUCCAUCAUAGUAAAUGCCGCUGUUCCUUCAGUUGAUGUCUGUGUCUCUGACCCUACUCACCAGCAAAACAAAAUUAGUAUAGUCAGCAGGGUCAGAACAAUUUGCUUUUAAAACCUAAAUGAAAGUAAUCAGUCCUGUCUGAAAUUCCCAGAUGGGAAGACCUUCCAUACAGUUCUCUGGUCCUCAAGUGACCUAUGGUUGGAGGACCAUGUGAGCAAUGGGGAAGUCAGUUAAAAGAAGUUGAACUGCUGGAUAUAUUGAAAUGCAUCUAAAAAUUACACACUGAAAAAAGAAAAGAACUUGUGGGUUUGGAAAGGCAAGGAUGGAAUUUGUUAACAGUAUAUCAAACAAAACACCAACAAAAGGAACAGUUAUUGAAAUGUUCUAACACAGAUCAACAGAUGUGAGUUGCAGAAUCUAAUUGUAAUGCUAAAAUGCCAAAAUAAGCUGCUUGCUGAUAAGUUGGAUUUACCAGAUUUGCUGAGAAGCCUGCAGUUAGAGUAGCUCAUAAGGAAAGGAGGGGACAAGUCAAUCUCAAGAAAAUGCAUGCAGUGAUUGCAGAGGCAGGUGUGCAGUGGGAUCCUGAUAAAUGGAAUGGAGAUAUUUGGGAUUCUGUGGAUUCUGAUGAGAUUGGUUCCUGAGAUGAAUCUGUAGAUGUGAGACCAGCAUGGAGAUGAAAGGUGGAAUUAGAUCCUAAUGGUCAGGAGGGAUACUCAUAGAAGAUUAUACUCAGCAUUAAGUAAAUUAAAUAUUUGGACAGUUUAGUUAAAAACAGAGGAACCUCUUUUCUCUUGGAUGGUGUGCUUGCAUGAUCAGGGAGUAUCAGGGAUAAUCCUAGACUCAGGGUUAUCUCAAACUCUUAAGAAGUUUUUAGUUUGAAUUUGGAUUCUUCUGUGCAGGAUGCAUUUUGGAAUAACAUUCACAAUACUAAUUUGUUAGCUUUGGCUGCUUUGGAUGUAAUACUAAAUACCCUGCAGAAAAUGAAUGGCCAAGAGCUGAAAGUCAGCAGUACAUUUUGUGAGAUUGUGUACAGCUAGAUGCAUGAGAAUCUCUUGUGUAUUGUAUUUUUUGAUAACGGUACUGAAGAUACAAGUAGUCACUCCAAUAUUUGUACCUGUAACUUUAUUGUAAUGACACAAUUUUAGUUAUUUAUUUUUUAUUUCUAUUUUUUAAUUGAAGAUUUUUAGUUUUUUACCUCCUGUUAUAUCCUGUCAAUUUUUGGAAUCUAGCUAUACUCUGAUUCAAGACUUGCAGUUACUCCCAGUGGUAUGAUCUGGUAAAUAAAUAAAGGUACAGUUCCAACACAUAGGCCUGAGGCUUGCUGAAACAAGCCCAGGAGAAUGGAUAAAAGGCUUUGAUAGCUGUCCAUCAUGGCAUGGCAGAAAUCCAUCAUGUGAUGUAGGCACACAAUUUGUGGUCACCAGUGGGUCCAGCUGUGAAAAGCAGGGGAGCAGCACUGACAGCACUGAGCCAUGGAGUGCCCAGGGGCACUGAGCAACCCCCAAAGGGAGCAGGGGGCACACAGUGCAAUGCAGGAACAGGAGGGAAUGGAAGCUGGGCUGAAGAACAAGAAGGGCAGAUGUUUGCAGCCUUCUGAAGUGUUCUGGUGUUACUCUGUAUGGACACCUGAAGCCUUCUGAAGUGGUCUGUGUUACUCUGUAUGGGUUGAAGCUUUCUGAAAUUGUGUGAUGAUGCUCUGUGUAUUGUGGCUGUCUCAGCUGUGACAUAUGCUGUGACAAUGUGAUGGAGCAGGUGAAGAAAGAUUGAGAACACGGAUGGUGGGACAUUCUUUUUGGAUGGAUGCCUACGGCUACCAGAAUUCUCAACUGAGUGCUUCACCCUGGUGUUUUUUUAUUGAUGCUAAUCCUUUUGCUUUUUGUUCUGAUAAUUGCACAGUGUGUUAAGGUUUGGAUGAUUAUGAAACAAUUGGCUUACCAACUACCUCCACUGAUAGUAGACAAUCCAUAUGGUACCAAAGCAUGAAAUGUUCUCAAGCAAUUUGGAUGUUGUAGAGCUUGAGUGACUAUAGUCACAGGGUGUAUUAUGUAGGAGAAUGACUGGGAACUCUGUGGACAGGUAACUGGGGGUCCAGUUACAGGAAACUGAGGACUUAAAACAGUAUGGAAAUUACAGGAUAGGGAUUCCACUAUUCCUUAGUUUGGUAUAUGUGUCUCUGACCCUACCCACUGUCAAAACACAGAGUCAGGACUGCGGAGCUGGGUCAUGUGCUGCCUCUUCCCCUCACAGGAAAAUCCCCAGGCUCGAUGGGACUGUUGGUGGCCCAGGGCUGGUCUCUGCCCUCCUCCAGUCCUGCAGAGGGGCAGUGACACCAGCACAGCCCUCCAGCCAUGAAAGUUGCUUUCCAUGCUGGAGCUCUGCAGGAAGGCUUACUGAAACCUGUUUUGGUACUCAACUGCUAGCAAACUGGUAUUGCCCUGACCAUGCCUGUUUGAUAUAAAUAUCUUGCUCAAGUGUCUGUGAGAUGUCCUCAGUGUAGCUAUACUUGUGUCCAACCUCAUCUGCUUUUCCAUAAUUUUAAAGUGAAUUUUUAAAUCUAUUAAAUUAAAUGUUUUAAAGUG